AUGACGAGCACUCUAGCCCUUGCCCAAAACGGCAAUGCUGCCGAGCCAAAGAAACAUAUCCUUCUCAAUGCUUUCGACAUGUCUACGAUCGGACAUUUGUCUCCCGGUCAAUGGAAGAAUCCAGAUGAUAAAUCUGCUACCAAGCGGACUCUCAAAUAUUGGAUAGAUCUAGCCAAGCUUCUGGAGCGCGGUGGAAUCAACGCCCUGUUUUUAGCCGACACUUAUGGUGGAUACGAUACCUACGAAGGCAGUUUAGACAAUUGCAUCCGAAGGGCUGCACAAUGGCCUGUCACUGAUCCAACUAUCCCGAUAUCAGCAAUGGCAGCAGUGACGAAAAACCUCUCAUUCGCAAUCACGGCCUCGACAUCGUUCGAGCCGCCAUUUCUACUAGCAAAACGAUUCUCAACUCUCGAUCACCUGACCGGGGGUAGGAUAGGCUGGAACGUAGUUACAAGCUGGAAGAAGGCUGCAUUCAAAGCCAUUGGAUUAGACACUCCUAUCGAGCACGAUGAGCGGUAUCAGCAAGCUGAUGAGUAUCUGCGAGUUCUGUACAAACUUUGGGAAGGCUCAUGGGCUGACGACGCCGUUUCCCCCGACCCGGCGAAAGACGAAUACGCCGACCCAAACAAGAUCCGCACAAUUCACCAUCAUGGUAAGUACGUCAAUCUAGACACCAAGCACAUCGUAGACCCAUCUCCACAACGCACGCCCUUCAUCUUCCAAGCCGGCACCUCCCCGGCCGGCUCCCAGUUCGCUGCCACCCACGCCGAAGGCAUCUUCGUCUCCUCCCACUCCACCAAAGUCCUUCGCCCCAAGAUCGACGCAAUCAGAAAGCUCGCCGCAGAAAAUGGACGCGAUCCGCGCUCCAUCAAGUUCUUUGCGACUUUCACGCCGAUCGUAGCCGCGACAGACGAGGAGGCAAGAGCCAAGCACGACGAGUUGAAGAAGUACGCAUCUACGGAAGGCGGGCUAGUACUCGUGAGCGGCUGGACGGGUAUCGAUCUCUCCAAGUAUCCGCUAGACCAAGAACUUACGGCCGCGGACUCUUUGGAAGCGCAUAAAGUCCGGAGUCUGCUUGACUCGUUCACGACCACGAGUAAGGAUAUUCCGAAAUGGACGCCACGUGUAAUCGCGGACAAGGCGUCGAUUGGCGGGUUAGGCCCCGUGGCAAUUGGGAGUCCAGCAACGGUGGCAGAUGAGUUGGAGAGGUGGGUUCGUGAGGCAGAUAUUGAUGGGUUUAAUCUGGGUUAUGUCACGACACCCGGGACAUUUGAAGAUGUAGUCGAUCUGCUCAUUCCGGAACUGAGGAGACGAGGGCUGUACCCCGAGGCAAUUGAAGAAGGCUUGACAGCCAGAGAAAGGGUGUAUGGAAAGGGCCAGAGUGGGGUCAGAAAGGAUCAUAUUGGCAGCACAUACAAGUAUGACGUGUAUAGCGAAGACAAACCGUACGAGGCGAACGGAACUAAGUAG